GAUGUUAGUGAAGCAUUUGAAACUUUUUUCAAAGCUAUCCAAAUUUCAGACCCAAAUAAUAUUGUAAAUUAUUUUUUAAAAAAUUUUUGUACAGACGAACAAACUACAAGUGAUAAUAUUAAUAGAUUUAUAUUUGUAUUAAAAAUCAAAUCAAAACAAAUCAAACUAAAUAUUUCAAAUAAUGAAAAUAAAGAAGUUUUAAAAUCAGAUAUUGAAUUAUUUAAAAAAUCAUUAAUUAUCUUAGGAACUUUAUCUAGAUAUGUUAAAUAUAGCAGUUCAUUUUCAAUUUAUUUAUCAGACAUUAUCGAAAACUUAUUAUUACCACACUUUAUUGACGAAUCAAGUGAUGACGAUACCAAAAUGCAAGUUUUAAGCUCAUAUACAUCAUUAUUACAAUGCUACGAAGAUACUAUCGAAUCUUAUUCUUUACAGUUUAUUGAAUAUCUCCAAAAAUCAUUCGAUAUUAAUAAAGAAGGUCUUUCAAAUGCAUCAAUUAAAACAAUCAUUGAUUUUAUUGUUAUCUUAAUGCAAGCCUCCCCAUUAUUAGUAAUCAAAAAUAAUAAAAUUAUUGAAUCAUUAAUUAAAAUUUAUUGUUCAAUUAAAGAUGAAAAUUUAUACGAAGAUUUAACUCAAGUUUUAGGUCAAUAUUUCCAAUUAUAUUUGCCAUACAAGUCAUCAAAAAAUGAAGAGGAUGACGAUGAAGAUACUGAUGACGAUGAGGAUGAUUUUGAAUCAGAUGGUAAUGGCAAUAGUAAUAACAAUAAAGUUUCAGAAAUGAAUUUAGAAAAUGAAAUUUCAAUUUCACUUUUAGAAAAUCUUUCAAAAUUAUUAUUUGACAAUAUAAAUAAAGAAUCAUCAACUAUAUUUUUAGGUAUUUUAUGUGGCUACACUUCAAUUUAUAUUAAAGAUAAAUCAUUAUGUAAUAAUAUUUUUAGCUCAUAUUUAGAAAUAUUAAAAAAAGAUAAUAUUUGCAAUAGAGAAAAUAGAAAAAUUACAGUUAACAUUAUUGAUAGUUUAAGAAUUGGGGUUUCAAAUGCAGCAAUUAGAGAAUCAAAUCAAUUACAAGAAACAUUAAUAAAUAUAUUCAAAGUUUUAUUAGAUUGCAUUGGUGAUAUUAAAGAAUAUGUUAAAAACAAUUUGAACAAGGGAUCUCAAGCAUUUUUCCAACGUAGUAGAAGCUCAAUAAUUUUAAACUUAAUGGCUAUUAUCAGAGUAGUUAACGAUUUCUUUGAAUUUUCAGAAGAGUUUUUAAUUUAUGCCCCAGUUUUAGCCGAUCCAUUAAUAUUUUCAGAAUUUAUAACUUCAUUAACAAGAAAUAUUGACUCAAUCUCAAACACUAUAGCUACCACCAUCAGCGAAGAAGAAAAGCAAAGCUUAAUAUCAAAAAGACAAACCAAGAUUAGUUUACUUUUAGAAAAUUACUUGCCAAAAAUUUUAAAUCCAUUACUAAGCGAAAUAGUUAAACCAAUUCAAAAAUAUAAAUCAAUGACAAUACAUGUUAUCAAGGCAAUUGGCAACAUUGCACAAUCAACAAAAGAAUUUUACCAACCAUUUUUAGAUACCACCGUAGAAAGACUAUGUCAGUUUGUUGCAAAGAAUUGGAAAUCGAUUUCAAGAUAUGCUCCAUCUAUUAUUACAACUCUUGAUAAAGUUUUAAAGCUUUUCACCAUUAGCUCACUUUAUAAACCAAUUUAUUUAAAUAGCAUCAUUCAACAAGUUUAUCUUAAAAUUUUAAAUAACUCAAACUCGAUUCAAUUAGAUAAUGGAGACGAUGAUGAUAAAGACGAUGAUGAAGAGGAUGACCAACAAGAUAAAGAUACCGAUGUAAUUUCAAAGAUUGUAUUUAAAGUUUUAACAAGCUUAACAGAAACCCUUCCAAUAAUUAAAAAUUGUUUACAGGUAGAUCCAAACUCUACCAAUAUUACAAAAGAUUUAUAUAAAUAUUUAAUUGGUCAAAUUGGUACUGAAGAGGUUAUAUUUGAUGCAGAUCGUUAUAUUCGUUUAGCUCAGUUAGAUCUCUUAACAGAACUUUAUACCCAUUUUUCAAAUAAUUUACAAUUCGAUAUUCCCCAACACGAAUCAAUUUCAUUUAAACAUAUUUUCAAUGAAUUGGGUCAAAUUCAAAUAGCAUUGGAACUUGGUGAAGAAGAAUUAGAUAAAAAUCAAAAGAGUCAAAGAAAAGAAAUUUGUUUAAACACCUUCAAAUCUAUAGUUUUAUCAAAUCCUCAAUUUAAUAAAGAAAAUUUAGUCGAAUUAUUAAAAGAAUUUAUAAAUAAUACAAAAUCAAAUCAAAAUGAUAUAGAUAAACAUCAAAUUAAAAAAGAUUUAUUA